AUGGCGGCCUCACAGAACCUCUCGCGGUUGCGGGAGCAGACGAUGCACAGUCUGGAAGAUGAAGAAGCAGUAACGGUCAACACUCGAGCUCUCAUCGACAAGGUACUAGCUCGCUACUCGGGCGAGUGGACUACUCUUCGUGAACUCAUACAAAAUGCUGCGGAUGCGCAAGCCCGAAAGGUCUCCGUACGCUUCGAAACGUUGCCAUCUGCUACGAUGCCUUUACCGCAGACUAGAGAUCCGGCCGAGCACCUCAAGCACACCCUGCAAAAUCACACCCUGAAGACCCUGAUCGUAUCGAACGACGGAGAAAGAUUUGGAGAGAAUGAUUGGCAGCGUUUGAAGCGGAUUGCGGAAGGAAACCCUGAUGAGACAAAAAUUGGAGCUUUUGGUGUUGGAUUUUACUCUGUAUUUGCAGACUGCGAAUCGCCAUUCGUGAGCUCCGGAAAAGAGACGAUGGCGUUCUAUUGGAAGAAGGACAGCUUGUUCACACGUCGGGGGAAGUUGCAGGACGAGGAGACGGGUACUACCUUUUUGCUCGAUUACAGGAGUCAGACAACGCCCGUACCACCGCUGCUGGGGCUGUGCCAAUUUCUUGCCACGAGUUUGACGUUCGUCGGCUUGGAAGUCAUAGAGCUCUACCUCGACGAUUGGAAUAUCCUGACGUUGAACAAGAAGAUGGCACCCGCCGCCAGCGUCAAGAUCCCAGGCGACGUCAACCCUAAGACGAGAGACGGACUCAUGAAGAUCACAGACGUGGAAUAUCAGAAUGCGCAAAUCGACGCCAGAUGGAUGAAUGUCGUCGGAUGGGACAGGAAGUCCCAGGCAACUGGGGCGACCGCAGUACCACAAAACGAGUCUGGAGGGAUGAGCUUGCGUAACUUUUUCGGACGAUUCGCUGUUGGCACAACGAGCAGUACUGCUUCUCGUAUAGCACAGCGGGAAGAGGAGGCGCUGCAAGUGAGGAUCGCUGAGGAUCUGGUCGGCAUCAGCACCGCGACGGUGUUCUUGAGGGUUAGCACAGUCAACAUUUUGACAAACGUAAGCAAGUCUCUGGCCCAGGAACUGGAAAGAGCGACCAAGAAACCGCCACCGAAGAAGACACGGAUCUCUAUAUUGACCUCUUCGUUUGAUGAAGCGAGUGCAUCCCUUGCAAACAGCUCCGGUUCGUCGAGUCAGCGAGCGAACGACAUCUUCUCAUCUGUGAUUCCUACCAAAAAUGGCAAGAUCUUUAUCGGCUUCCCAACAGCGCAAACGACGGGCUUGCUGGCUCACAUCUCUGCUCCAUCCGUCAUUCCUACUGUCGAGCGUGAAUCAAUCGACCUGAACGCCCGCUACGUUCGUGAUUGGAACAUCGAGAUGCUUCGAGUCGCCGGUAUCGCUUGUCGCAUAGCAUAUACUGGCGAGAUGAUUGAGCUGAAGGCCAAGAUCGAGCGACUCAUGGCCGCCGAUGGUGGAAGGAGGAAAGUCAUACCUGCGGAUGUGAAUACAGUCCUCCCAUCAGCAAUUCACACAUACAAGCAAUUUGCCUACUCUGAAUCAACGCCAUCUGCGAGAGUUGGCCAGUUCAUCGAGGAAGCUUUCUGGACAUGUAACCAGAAGGCUAGCAUCGACGUACUCUCCACACGCGGAGUGCUUCCGAGUCAGCAAGUCAGGGUGGCUACAGAGAAUCUCAGCUUCGUGGAUGGCAUUCCGGUCAUUCCUGACGAAUUGAUGGACAAGGCUCUCGCUUUCUUGACCAAGCUGCGUGAUUAUGGCUUACUCUCGGAUAUCACCACAUCGGACAUCAAGAAGGAGCUCGAAGCUCAAGCACUUACGGAGAAGCAAGUCGUGGAGCUCGUGAAGUGGGCUUGCACGAAGGUCUCUCGUCAAGACAUGGACGCAAGCGUGGCACAAGGACUCUUCGACGGCACAAUAGCGAGCAUUGCGGAAGAACAUCUUGCCACGUCAGCAAAUCCAGUGCUGCAACUGGGCUCGAUCAAAACGUUCGUCAACAGUUCAAAGAUCCCACUUGAGCUACCGACCCCGCCACAAACCAUUCCAUUCAGAUUCACGAAGGGUCUGUCACCGGUGCAGCUUCAAUCGAUCGGCUGGGAAGAGCUCCAAGUAGUUCCGUGGGUUCGUUGGGUCAUUGAAAGCGAUGGACAUGGUUUUGGCGACGGUCAAAGUCUCACCGCAACGCCAGCUGUGGCAUCUCAAGUCCUGCCAGUGGUAUCAAAAGCAUGGGACGGCCUGUCACAAUCUUCCAAGCAGACCAUCCAAGAGCUGUUCAUACUUCGAACGGUCAUCCCAACGAAGCUUGGGAUGCGGAAGCCUCCUCAAGCUUAUUUUGGCAGUGUGAAGCUCUUCGAAGAUCUCCCGACGAUUGUUGGUCUCCAAGGGGUAAAGGAGAAGUUCCUAUCCGCCUUAGGCGUACGCAAGACCGUCGAGCUGAGUGUCGUGUUUGACCGCCUGAUGGCGAAAUCAAAUUCGCCGGCUGCAGAGGAUGGCAAGUGGAGCCAUGUGGACUUGAUCAAGUAUUUAUUGAGCGUGAAAGACGACAUUCCUUCUGAGGAUCUCAAGCGCCUCCGUCAGACGCCGAUUUGUCUCGCCGAGACGCAGAGCGACGAUGCGACGACGAAGGGAAAAUUGUACCGCAUCCCCGAGCUGUUCGAGCCUGAUGAUGCUAUCAAACGACUUGGUCUACCAGUGCUGCAAUGGCCAGGACAGUACCGCGCGUCCACGCCAGAGGGCCGGUUCUUGCGUUCUCUUGGCCUCCAGCCAUACCCAUCGGUUCUAGACCUCGUGAACAUCCUUUCCAAGGCCCCAGCAGAUUCCGAGCUCCAGAAGCGCACGGUUACCUACUGGGUCAUGAAUGCUUUCCACAACGGCUACGCUAAGUUCGCAGUCGCCGACAUUGACAAAGCUUUUCUUCCAGUCUUACCUUUCGCGGGUGAGGGAAAGAAUUUGGUUGCGAAGCCGUCUCAAUGUUAUGCCAAUCCAAAAGCCGCAGUGCUCCGUUUCCGCACUCUGCGAGAAGACCUGCAGCCACAUCACGCGCUCUUUGGCGUUGCUCUAGAACCUCCCAUUGAAGCAUGUGCUGAGCGCCUGAUCAAAUCUCCGCCGGCAGAUAAGUCAUCGGCGCAGAUGCUGUACGGCUAUCUUGCUGGUCGACUGGGCGAGAUUGGUCCUAACGGGAACCUGGCAGAACGCCUUGGAAAUGCGCCGAUUGUACCAGUCGUCGACAGAGCUUCCGGGUCGAAAGCUCCUCAUACGCGCUUUACCUCUCCUAGGUUGUGCUUCCUCGGAGAUGGUGAGGUGUACGGUGACAUUUUCGACUUCGUCGACUUUGGGCACGACGCGAACACGUUCUUGCUUCGUGUUGGCUGUAAACACGAACCGAGUGCAACCGAGAUUGCCGAUACGCUUGUUCGGCAGCCGACACGUUUACUAGGUACACUCGGUCCUGACAAGUACGUCCAGCUCCUGCGAAAGAUAGCCGAGAAUGCUGCGGCCAUCAAAAAGGAUAAGCUCCUGUGGCAGCGCCUGAAGACUUCGCCUUGUCUGUUGGCCGAGAGAUUGGUCCGCUCCGGGGGAACUCGUCAUGCCGACGAAAAGAACGAAUACGAUGACGACGAGACCAUGAUACGGGAGCAGCUCUUGGUCAAGGCUACCGACAUGGUCUUGAUCGACGACUUCAAUUCAUACCGUCUUUUCUCCGACAUUCUGCUUGCAGCGCCACAAGAAGAGAUCUUGGAAAACUUCUACGCCUCCCUCGAAACUCCCUGGCUUAGUAAGUUGGCCGAGGAUGAGCAGCGGAAGGGCCCGUUGCUGCACGAUCAAUCUGCCGCAGCGAAACUACAAAUGCUGCUUGUAGAGCGAUGUCGUUUGUUUCUCCACGACCAUGGGCCCGAAUCCGUGAGGCAUGAUGCGAAAUGGUUGGAGCAGAAUCUCACAGUCCAAGUGACAGAGUUCUUGCAAGUCACGCGCAAGUUGAAAGGCUACAAGGUGCAGCACACUGCCAAGCGGAGCGCUGCACUGCAUCGGGAGACGAAGCGCGAUGCCACGCUUUUCGUGACAGCUCGCUACGACCUGUACGAAGUCAGCAAGGCAAUCUCCGCUCUGCUUCUGAAGCGACCGAAACAGCAAGACUUUCUCGCCUUUGAGACCAUUCUGGAAAGUGAUCUUCGUAGACUGAAGACGAAGGGCUACAAUGUCGAUCGUAUCCUUCGACAGAAGGCGGCAGAGUCUCGUAUUGCCGAAUCCGAAAUGCAGAAGCGCGCUGAAGAACAGAGACGACUGGUUGAAGCAGAGUCGGCGACGCGACCUACGCAAGCAUCUGCCGCUAAAAGCAAUGUCAUGUCACAGCCGCAACAGAAUCAGCAGCCACAGAUGGUAGAGCAACCUGCGACCCCAGACAAGCAGCUUGCCAUGCCAGGCUCCUUCUCAGACUCGCCCGAGACAGCCAGGCCGGAAACAGCUGACCGAGGGAAGAAGCCCGGCGGGCUCUUCAAUACUAUCAGUAAACACCUCGGAUUCAACUCUAACAACCAAGCUGCCGAGCAAAUGCAAAAGCUGCUAUCUGGAGAUCAGAAUGUGCGACAGGCCGACUUGCCUCCUCCCUAUGAGGCGAGUGGUAAUCCAAUUGGUGCGCCAGGUACUGGCCGUGCUACGUCCUCAGGCGAUGUGCAGUCAAAUCUACAGUCUGCCAUCAAAGCCUCGCGAGAGCAUAGAGCUUCCGAAGUCUCGUCAGCCCAGCAAACGAAGGAGAUCAAAGAGACACCCACUUAUUGCGACCACACGCCAGCCCAAGACAUUCAAUUCAUCGCCGAACUCGACAGUGGCUUCAAGAUUUACCUCUCCCGCGACAAUCCUGAUCCAAAUGGCUUUCUCCAGAUCCAGCGUGAUGCGAUUGUCAAGUUCGUCAUCGUCCUCACGGCCGUGGCGCAGGUGUUCGAGCUCCCACCCAAAACGAUCAACAUCUAUCACGACGAAAAAGGCGCUGCAAUUGCGUUCAACAGCAACGGCGCUCUGUUCUGCAAUUUGAGAUAUUUCAUGCAACUUCAUGUUGCGCAUAUGGCCUCGCCGGAGGGCAAGGUCGAAGCGGUGGCGUACUGGUGGAUCACACUUUGUCAUGAACUGGCCCACAACUUGGUUAGCAAUCAUGAUCAGAAUCAUUCGUACUACACGGAGAGCUUCGCGGCGCAUUACUUUAGACGCAUGGUUUGGUUGGCUGGUCGCAUCACCUCAGAGGGCUGAUUACUUUUUGGCGUUUCUGCAUUUGAGCGAUGGGAUUCCUGCAUCUUGACCAGAAUCGGCGUUGCAUGAAAGAGCGAAACAGCUGUCUUACACUUAGAUACCCUUGAACGUU